AGCGACUUACGUCUUGAUCGACAAGUAUGCGCACGGGGCUUAAGUAUGUUGCAACUUGAUCGUGCGAUUAAUCGGUGAAAAGAACUUAUUUCCUGAAUACACUAAGCGUGAGUUUAUUUUGUCACCCUCGAAUACAUCUAGAUCUGAAGUUGGUGCGUGAACAUCAAAGAUUUCCGAAAGGGGGUCCAAAGUCCCUUAAUUUUCCCUGGUUACACUAGCAGAUAUUGACAUCCACUCAUUACUCAGACGUCUGGGUUUCGUUUCUUGUGCGUUUCAUUUAGUCCCGUGAAACACUUUGCAGCUGUGUCCAUGUCCGUGCAUUUAUUUUCUAAUAAAACUUAGAAGGAAAAAACAGUUUCUAUUCUAAUGUUGCGGUCCUCUAGAGGACUUUUCCAACUUUAAACUCCAUUCGUGCGACACAAUGGUUUUCCACGAACUUUUGCUAAGCGCCUGCUUUUCGCUGAUUGCGUUCCUCGUUUACCUGGUGAUUCACUACUACAGAAGCUACACAACUUGGAGUAGAGAGGGAUCGCGGUUGCCUUACAUCCCUUUCCCUCGGGACUGCGUUUUUUACCCCAUCCAAAAGUCUCUGACCCUGCAGAAGUUUUACAAUGAGCUGGCACCACAUCCAAUCGGAGGAUUUUACAAAAUGUCACGGCCGUACCUCCUCGUGCGAGAUCCGGAGCUGCUUCGUCGCAUCCUCAUCAAAGACUUCUCGCAUUUCGUGGAUCAUGGCUUUGAUAUCGACGAAGGGUUGGACCCCCUCAAUGCUCACAUCUUCAAUCUAGAAGGGGAAAGAUGGAGGGCGAUCAGACAGAAGCUGACGCCGAUCUUCUCCGGGGCCAAGAUGAAAGCGAUGUGGCCGCUGAUGAUGGAGUGCGAGAAGGUGCUGACGGGGCACCUGGACCGGCUCAUCGAGUCCGGCACCGAGUUCGAAGUCAAGGACGUCAUGAAGAAGUUCGCCAUGGACGUCAUCGGGACGUGCGCCUUUGGGCUCCGCUGCGACGCCAUCCAAGAUCCCGAGUCCGAAUUCCGCAAGACCACCGAAACCGUCCUCCGGGAGUCGCACAUCUUCUUCCUCCGGAGUCUCCUCCGCUCGAUGGGCCUCAACCUCGUUCGCUUCCUCAAGUGGAAGAGGAUCGACAAGUCCGUCGACGACUUCUUCUUCUCGCUCGUCAGGGAGUGCACCAAGAUGCGGGCCAAGAACCAGCACACCCGCAAUGAUCUCAUGCAGCAUCUCAUCAACCUCCAGCACGAGGAGCAGGAGGCUCUCAAGAAAGAUAAUAGUCAAGCAGAGCCGUUGAUGACGGAUUCAGUCGUAGCCUCUCAUGCGUUCGUGUUUUUCGUUGGUGGUUUUGAGACGACAUCUGGUACGUUGUCGUUCGUCUUCUACAACUUGGCCUUACAUCCUGAGGUCAUGGAAAAGUGCAGGGCGGAGGUCAGAGAGGUGCUGCAGAGACACGGUGGGACUAUGACCUACGACUCCUUAAAAGACAUGACUUACAUACAGUGCGUGAUAGACGAGACUCUUCGUGUGUAUCCGAAUGUGGGUUGGUUGGAGCGAGUAUGCCAGGAACCAUACGAGUUGCCUGACGGAUCAUAUACGAUCAAGAAAAAUGCGCGGUUGCUGCUCCCAAUUUACGCUUUUCACAUGGAUCCAAAAUAUUUUCCGAACCCUGAACGCUUUGACCCGGAUCGAUUCAGUGAUGAAAACAAGAAUAAGAUAGUUCCAGGCACCUACUUCCCAUUCGGUGAUGGACCACGGUCAUGUAUAGGACUGCGGUUUGCUCGUAUGGAAAUGAAAGCGGCCAUCGCCUCUUUGAUAAUGCGUUAUGAUAUCGAACCAUCGCAAAAAACGGAUGUUCCGGUGCAGUUCGCCCCUACGAGUAUGUUGAUAUCCGCCUCGAAUGGAAUCUGGCUCAAGUGGAAGAAACGCAACGUAUAAUCUGCGGUCUACUCGCAAAAAAGAAAUACAAAUGGUGAGCUUUGCGACAAAAUAAUCCAUGGUAAAAAGCGCGUUCUGAGAACAAUGCCUUUUUGAAGUUUUCACUGUCAAUUUCUGGCCACUGACUGUGAAUGACUCACAUCGGAAAUUGGACGCUUGGAUCAAAGUCAAAGACUAUUGACUGAAUAAACGACCAUUGGUAAAACUGCAAAUGCAUUUUUCUCAGAACGUGAUUUUUGCCGUGGGCCCUUUUCCGGAAAGCUCAUCCUAAAGCUCCUAAAGCUUUGGAAGUGCUAAAAAUGCCAAUGAAUGAAAGUUGAACCCGAUCUAUUCGGCUAAAACUUCUGUCGGCUGUUAUAUAUACUGCCAAUAUCUAAAAUAAAUGCAGAACUCACAUUUGUGCAUGCAUGGGCUUUCAAAUAAUGAUGAUCAUGGUUUUAAAUUAAAAAUGAUAGUAAAGGAAAUAUUUUCAUUUAUACUAAGGUUAAUGGAAUAUUUGCCGUAUUAACACAAUAUUUUUCAAAUGUGUAAAUAAAUGACUUCUUAUGACUGUAACGUU